UUAAUUCCCUUAAUUCAACAACAAAAAACUUGUCAAUUUUGCCUACAUCGAACUAGUUAAUAAGUUCUUCUGAUCAUCUUGAGAUCAAUUCGUACUGUUUAAUCAUGGCAUCAGAUGAUAGGGAGAGGCCUCUACCAAGAUUCGGGGAAUGGGAUGUGAACGAUCCUGCUACAGCUGAAGGAUUUACGGUGAUUUUCGCAAAGGCUAGUAAUGACAAGAAGGCUGCCAAGGCGUCUGGGAAUACCCCCUCCAAGAAGCGGUACAAGGAUUCUGACAAGCAAAGUGAUAAGAGGAAAUGGCUUUGUUGCAUUUCUGCAUGACUUUUUUUUCCUCUCUAUCUCUGUUUACGGCAAGUGUAUUAAUUCUAUAUAUAUAAAAAUUUUGAAGUGUUUUCUUUUUUGAGAGCGGAGAGACGAUCAACUCCUAAGCUCAUGAAAAACCCAGAAUUCUUCAGAAAUGAAAUCUAAAGAUUAUGGAAA